UGUUGUUAUUUGCAGUUUCAAAAGAGCGGCAAAAUAGACGAGAGGCAGUGUUAUUGGAAACAGUGCGUGUAAAAAGUAUGUAAAAUAGUUGAUUAUUUCGUGCAGCUUUGUGGUAUUUUGAUAGUGAAACCUUCGAAAAUGGCAUACACUAACGUUCAUCGGGCAUUUCUGCAAGCAUGCUCGAACCACGGCACGGUCAGCAAGCAACACGCACUGGACAUGCUGACGAGCAUCUGCACUCGAUACGGGGACCGCGACACCAUCCCGAGCGAAGACGAUGUCGUUGAUGUGGUGGCGAAAAUAAACGAAAAAAUCUAUCCAUUCGACCAAAAGAUAGCGUACACACACUUCGAACCGCUGGACUGCGACUUUUACGUGUUUGUCAACCUGCAAGAAUCGCCGAUCGAUCUGCAGCAAAAUGUGUACACCCCGCUGGAACUCCACUACUUUCGGGUGCUGUUGCGUGAGCUUACACUGAGCGAAGACCAUACGCUAAGCAUGAUCGCGUGUCUCAACCUUACUGCUGACACGACGGGAGAGACGGUGAAACCGUUACCGAAGACCCGGGCUGAGCAAUUGCUUAACGAGUGGGAAGAAUUGGGUUACUUUGUGGUGCUGGAAGAAAAGUUUCACUUUGGACCGAAAUCGGUGGUGGAGUUUGAGAAGUAUCUCAGCAAAAACUAUGUGGAUGUGAUGACCCGCUGCUGUCUGUGCAAUGUAACAAUAUUCUAUGGUGUCCGCUGUGCUUCCUGCCCACAGAUUCUGCACAAGGACUGUUUGAAGAAGUAUCUCCGGCGGCUUACGACCUGUCCAUCGUGCAGUAAACUGUGGAGCGUUCCAUUAUAGUAAACUUCGAUUGAAUUUGGUUUAUUUCGUCCUAAUCUUUAAUUCCCAACAAAAAGUUUUUACAAAAGCCUAUUCCCGCCAUACUAUAAAAUGUAACAUAACAAAAGGUACCAACGUGUUCUGUCGAUAUUAAAAAAAAAUAACACCGUUA